UCGAGAGUGGGACGGUAUCGGCGACGUUGGACUUUAAAACGCGGAGCUGUCGGUAAAGCAAAACAACAAAAUGCCCGGCGGAGUAGAUGCGCGGCUCGCCUGGUGCCUGGCUCUAGUUCUCGUCCUGUCUUGGGCAGGAGCUGCGGCCGAGGAGUGCGUGUUUCCCUGCCGGUGUCCGCCGGAGCCGGUGCGCUGCCCGGCCGGAGUGAGCCUGCUGACGGACGGCUGCGGCUGCUGCAAAGUCUGCGCGCAGCAGCUCGGCGACCAGUGCAGCUCCGGGCAGCCGUGCGACCUGCACAAGGGGCUGUACUGCGACCUGUCCGCCCACGCCAACCAGCAAAGUGGCAUCUGCUUGGCCAGGGAAGGCGCUACCUGUGACCUGGGAGGGGUGAUAUACCGGAGCGGGGAGACCUUCCAGCCAAGUUGUAAAUACCAGUGCACUUGCAUGGACGGAGCGAUCGGCUGCGUCCCCUUCUGCAGCGACGACGUGCGCCUGCCCAGCCCGGACUGUCCGGCUCCCAGGCGGAUCAAGAUGCCCGGAAAAUGCUGCGAGGAGUGGGUUUGCGACAAGCCGCGUGACCGCUCGGUCUUCAACGCGGCAAUGGCGGUUUACAGGCAAGAAGCUAUUUUUGGACCUGACUCGAGUCAAGUCCGCGACAACUGUAUUGUCCAAACCACCGAAUGGAGCGCCUGCUCAAAGUCGUGCGGAAUGGGGAUUUCCACCCGGGUGACCACGGACAACCGGAAAUGUCGGCUGGAGAAACAGAGCAGACUGUGCAUGGUCCGGCCUUGCAACGCCAACCUCGGGAAAAGUAUCAAGAAAGGCAAGAAGUGUGUCCGUACUCCAAGGCCAUUCAAGUCGAUGAAGUUCGAAUUUUCUGGCUGCACCAGCAUGAGAUCAUAUCGGCCCAAGUUCUGUGGCGUCUGCACCGACGGCAGAUGCUGCACCCCUCAUUCCACCACCACUCUGCACGUAGAGUUCAAAUGUCCGGAAGGAGACCUCAUCAAGAAGAAGAUGAUGUUCAUCAAGACCUGCUCCUGUCACCAUGACUGCCCUUCCGACAAUGACAUCUUUUUGUCGACCUAUUACAGGAGAAUGAUUGGUGACUAUGCCACAUAGAAACUUUGGCCUCUAACUAGUGACUGGCUCCAGGAGCCCUUAUAAACCCCACCUGGAGGCAAAUAACGCUUGCAGUUAUUAGAUUGCUUUUUUUUCAGAUUACAAGGAUAGAUGAUUACCUACAAGCUCUUGCUUUCAUCAUUAUCCUUGUGUGAAGUGUUUUAAAAUGCAGACUUGCUAAAGGGCAAAUAAUGGAAAAGAGAAAUUUCUAAUUCCCCCAGGUUUAAAUUGGUCUAAGUUAUAAAUAUCUGUAUCUUAAUAGCUCACAACGUAGUCUAGGCCUGUCCUAACGAUGAAUGAACAGUUUUGGAUUCUUCAACCUGUGAAGGAUCGGAGUUUUGCAAAGCUGUGCUAUUGACGGUGAGCUAGGUGGAGCAUAAUAAGCUUCAUCUUGUUGGAGGAUUUGAGCAUCUUGUGAAUGAGGAUUAUAAACCCCCCCCCCACCCACUCCUGUACUCCUAGUGCACACUGGUAAAAUCGAGGAUCACUGAUGUCAGAUCCCUGAAGUAAUGACCAUGGAUGAGCGUUAGAACAGCGUUAUUGAAUCUAACAGGGCCAUGGCUGACUACUCGUAUCUGAAUACGAUUCAAUUUCACUCCUUUCUGACUUUUGACCAAGUCGUAUGCCAUGCAGUUGGUUCCGAUCUUGUAUGAAACCCUAACUCAACUCGCAAGAAAGCAUUCUUUUUAAGAUUGCUGUGUAAAUAUGUGUACAGUUUUUUUUACUGUAAUUUAUAUUAUCGCAAAAUGUUUUGAUGGUAGGCUGUUAUUGAAACUUUAGGUAAGUUUGGAAAAGAAGUAAAUAUUUGCUGCGUUUUUUUUAGAAUAAAAUUCUAUUUUUCUACAAAUGUCUUAAUUUUGUUGUCAAAAAGCGCAAUGAGUAAAUAA